GGAAGGCACCGAGACAGCAUCGGCAUGUCGUUGUCCAAGUCGACCAUGGUUCUAGGUUACUGGGAUAUUCGCGGGCUGGCGCACUCCAUCCGCAUGCUCCUGGAGUUCACUGAUACAUCCUAUGAGGAGAAACAGUACACGUGCGGGGAAGUUCCCAACUAUGAUAGAAGCCAAUGGCUGGAUGUGAAAUUCAAGCUCGACCUGGACUUUCCUAACCUUCCCUACCUCAUGGAUGGUAAGAACAAGAUCACCCAGAGCAAUGCUAUCUUGCGCUACAUCACUCGCCAGCACAAUAUGUGUGGUGAGACUGAAGAAGAAAAGAUUCGAGUGGACAUCAUGGAGAACCAAAUAAUGGAUUUCCGCAUGCAGCUGAUACGACUGUGCUAUAGCCCUGACCUUGACAAAUUGAAGCCUCAGUACUUGGAACAGCUACCUGGACAACUGAAACAGUUCUCCUUGUUCCUGGGGAAAUUCUCAUGGUUUGCAGGAGAAAAGCUCACCUUUGUGGAUUUCCUCACCUAUGAUGUCUUAGAUCAGAACCGUCUGUUUGAGCCCAAGUGCCUGGAUGAGUUUCCAAAUCUGAAGGCUUUCAUGUGCCGUUUUGAGGCUUUGGAGAAGAUCGCUAACUAAAUGCAGUCUGACUGC